AUGUUCCGCGAGAGAGAGAGAGCCUGCGAGCGGAGUACCCGGCCACAACACACCCGUCGCCGCCCGGUCGCUGUUUUGGUCGUCAAACGAACACAAAUACAAUCAACCACCACCACGCAUCGAUUGGAGAGAAAAAACACAAAACGACAUAGCCAGUCCUCUCACCAGAACCACCACCACCAACAACAACAACAACAACAGCAACACGCCCAAUCGCUCCAGACUCGACCAGCCGGCAUUGCACAGCCAAAACCAGUCGCCAACUCUUCGCCCCACCAGUCCGCCUCCGGCCUGCCGUAUGGUCAGCAGCACGUCCUGGGAAACGGUCUACCUGUGCAGCGGCAGCCCCCGUACGCGCCAACUCCCCAAGAACCAGCUUACUACACGUCACACCCUGGGGCAUAUGCAGUGACAAGCGCUGGACACUAUUCAUCUAGCGAAGCACCCGAUCUUAUGGCAGCAACCGCCCAAAUGCAGCGUCCUUACCCCCCGAUCUACCACACUCCUCAGUCCAACUCCCCGGCGUCUGUGGCCUCUCCUCCCACCCACGAUCAACAUGGCCGCGGUCUCUAUGGACAACCGCCCCAGAUCCCACAGGGGAUGUACAGCUACCCCCAAUACCCACCGAUGAACCCAAUCCACUCCGCUCCAUAUGCGACGCAUUCUGCCGCCCCACAACAUACACAGCUCACAUCGCAACCUCUCCUUGUAAGUCCACAGACAAGCGCACCACAGCUGCAGCAGCAGCAUCUGCACCAACCGUCUCCACACAGCACAAUGGCAGGUAGCCCGCAUCUGAAGAUGGAGCCUGCAGUCCCGCAGACGACAGCGACACAGAGGACGCCGUUAAACUCGUCACACCCCGCACCUCCAAAUUCUUCAGCGCCAAACAGCCAUCCUGGUAACCCUGGGUCGAACACCAGUGCCGCUCCCGGCCCGAUCCCGGCCACGACACCCCUUGUCGUAAGGCAAGAUAACAACGGCGUACAGUGGAUUGCCUUUGAGUAUUCUCGGGAUCGGGUGAAGAUGGAAUAUACCAUCCGAUGCGACGUGGAGAACAUCAACAUCGAAAACCUGACCCAAGAAUUCAAGACAGAGAACUGCGUGUACCCACGGGCUUGCUGUAGCAAGGAUCAGUACCGGGGAAACCGUCUGGUGUACGAGACCGAAUGCAACGCCGUGGGCUGGGCGCUCGCGGAGCUGAACCCUUGUCUCCGCGGUAAGAGAGGUCUGAUCCAGCGCGCCGUGGACAGCUGGAGAAACAGUAACCAAGACCCGCGGUUACGGAGUAGGAGGGUGCGCAGGAUGGCCAAGUUGAAUAAUAGGAAAGCCGUGUCUGCCCAGCACGCUUCUCACCUGGCGGGUCCCGGUGGCUCGCCGACGGGAAUUCCCGGCGGUGGUGCUACGCUGGGCGCCCCCCCGGCGCUCUCCAUGGGAGGAGCUCAGCUUCAUCACCAUCACGCUCAUCCAGAUGGUGGUCCACCGGGCUCGGAAGAUGUUAGCGGCAAUCAUGACUAUACGAACGGUACUCAUCGUCCAUCAACCGCAACGAGCACCUUCGCCAGCCCACCAGAUCUCCGCCCCAGCCACAUGUUCCACGGCUACCCUUCAUACCCGAACCCGCCGUCCACCGCCAACGCCCCGUCCAUGGCCCCUCCGCUCCGCGACACCGCCGGCAUCGACCACUACGGCAAGACGGCGACGGGCGUGGCGACCUCGUCAUCCUCCUCGUCAACGACGACUCGCCGGCCACACGGGAGCGAAGACGCGAACGCGGAUAGCUCCGCGUUAUUCGGCGACCUGCCUGAGGGCCGCCGGCGGAAGUUCAUCCUGGUCGAGGACCCGCAGCGCGGGUGCAGGGUGCGCGUCAAGGUGAUGCUCGACCAGGUCGACAUGAAGGAGAUCCCCGACUCGUAUCGGCGGUCGAAUUCGGUGUUUCCGCGGACGUACUUCCCCGUGCACGGCCCGUUUGGGUCGACGGUGGGGAGGGCCGGGAGAAGGUUUGUGGACGAUGCGGAUGGUGUUGACGGCGUGGCUGAAGAAGAGGCGACGCUAGGGCGGACGGUCGUGCCCGUGCCGAUGCUAGAGGGCGAGGGCACGGUGGCAGUACCCAAGAUCGCGAAGAGGAAGAGGGAUAAGGAGGUGUUGCUCAAUGACUUGGGGUAUCGGAUGAGUUGGGGACAGAGCAGGGUCUUUUCGGGACGGACGCUCUUCCUUCAGAGGGCUUUGGAUGCGUACAGAAACAAGAUGCGCAAUUCUAUGCUCACUGCCGGACAAGAACCCACCACCAUCGCCUCGCACUUUGAAACUCGCGCUGGCAAACGCAGAUGGCUGGAGCGCAGCAAACGUGACAAGUCCAACUCUCCAGCUGCCGUCGAGAUAUCGACCUCUGCACGAAACGCAGAGGAAGUAGAGUCAUGA